AUGAGAAAUUUCAAUUAUUCUUUAAACUUUUUGUUUGAAAUUUACAUCAUUACGAUAAUAGUUUUCUUUACACUUAUUCCAACUGUAAUUUCGCAACAACAAGAAGCUCCAUAUUUCGACCCAAGCAUUCAAUCAUGUGUAGAAUGUCAAAAAAAUUAUUCUACAAUAGACUCAUGUACAAAAUCAAAUGAAAUAUUCAAAAAUUUCACUAGUGUCUUAUACGAUCCUCUAGGAUUUAUUGAAGCUGCAAAGUGUGCGUGUCUUGAUACAUUUCUAAAAGUUUAUCCAUUAUGUGUGGAAUGUUUUCAGGCUACAAAUCAACAGAAUACCACAUUGAAUGCUGAUGGGAUACCACCUUCGAUUGAUUAUAUUAGAAAUGCUUGUGCAGCUGUUGCUUCCAUCACAAGCAAUUCCAGUACAACUAUUGUUGCUUAUCCCUCGACCACUACUGGGCCUUUUGGUUAUCAACCAAAAAGUGGAGUGAAAGAUAUUGUUGUUAAUGUUGGCAGUAAUGGGUUAUGGAUUAACACUUUUAUUAUAUUUAUUACUGUUAUAACAUUAAUAUUACAAAAUGGCUACAUAUAA